AUGUUCCGAGGUCAUGAAACGAGAAGGCUGGAAAGACGUGUGGACCAAUUCAUAAAAACGGGGCCCUUGGUAGCGAGCCCCCUCUCUCCCUCUCAAUAUGCGUAUCGAGAGGAUAGACCCACGGAUACCGCCCUGCACCAUCUGGUGGGACUCGUGGAGGGACAAUUCGCUGCCAAGGGAUAUGCCAUAGGACCCUUCUUGGAUGUUGAGGAAGCUUUUGACAGCACCUCGAACGAAACCAUGGAAGAAGCUAUGAAGAAGCAUGGGAUCCCUAGGACGAUCAUUGCUUGGACACAGACCAUGUUAAGGGGCAGAAGACUGUCGGCUAAUCAUGGACAAAGCUAUAUAGAAAAGUGCCCAGUCAGAGCAUGUCCGCAGGGGGGAGUUCUCUCACUUCUGCUGUGGAAUUUGGUUGUGAACGAAUUUCCGGAAAGGCUGCGUGGAGCGGGGUGCCAUGUCAUUGGCGUUGCCGAUGAUCUGGCAAUAGUAGUUAGAGGCGGUUUUCUGAGGGUGCUCAGAGACCUGAUGGCGAUGGCACUUGACAUCGUUGAGAGCUGGUGCAGGGAAAUUGACCUCUCGGUGAAUCCCGCCAAGACCACAGUCCUAGUCUUCACGAAAAAAUACAAACCAGAGACGAUCAGACCCUUAAUAGUGAACGGCUCGUUGGACGGAUCACAUCUAUACACAGAGAAGCAAAGUGUUUGCCUCGAUGUGGGCAUGCAGAAGGGCCAUUGGGAAAAACUGGGGGCUAAACGCCAUAAUGACACUGUAGCUCUAUCAGAUCGUAUUGUUACCAAGGCUAAUGGCCUACAGGGAACUUUCCUGAGGGUCGCGACGGGGGCCAUGAAGACCACACCUACUGAGGCGCUAGAAAUAGCACUCAGUAUCCUGCUUUUGCAUCUCAGAGUAAUUAGCUGUGCAAGCACAAUAGCCUGCAGACUACGGUGUCAGCAGGAUUGUAAAUCGACAGGCCAAGGUCAUAUCCAACUUGGCUUGAUUAAUGCAAAUCCCCUCACGGACAAGCCUGACAGGAUUCAGAGAAAAUGUCAAAUUAACAAAGCCUUUAAAACAAGAAUACCAUCCAGAGAGAAGUGGCUAGAUUCAAAACUUAAACCAGGACCCAAGGAGGAUUACUGGUUUACCGAUGGAUCUGGCUACAAUGAAGGCUUUGGGGCAAGGAUCUAUCGAUUGAAGGAUGGUUUCGGGGAAAGCUUCCCCCUGGACCAGCAUGCAACAGUUUUUCAAGCCGAGGUGUUAGGCAUAGCCAAGUGUGCCGAGCACCUGGUAGCAAAAGAGAUGGAAGGGAUGAAAAUCUUCAUCUGCAGCGACAGCCAGGCGGCCAUAAAAGCACUGGAGAAAGCCAGUACUAAUUCAAAAGUGGUGUGGGAGUGUAUGCAAGCACUUGCCACUUUAGGGGAGAGGAAUAAAGUCACCGUAACCUGGCUUCCGGGCCACCGCGGAAUACAGGGUAACGAAGAGGCGGACUGGCAGGCCAGAAGAGGAAUGGAAGGCGUUCCUCCGGAANCUUCAUCUGCAGCGACAGCCAGGCGGCCAUAA